UGUGGAGCGAACAGAGCUAGAGGGAAGGUGUGUGUGGGGGGGGGGGGGAUUAAGCGAAAGGCCGGUAAGAGGGUGGAGUGCAGGAGGAGGAGGGAUUGAGGCAGAAGGGAAUGAGGCGUGCAGGGAGAAAAGGCGUCAAUGCGGGGAGGUGCUGGGGAGAGAUAUUAAAGGAGAGCAGGUGUGCAGAGGUAUUUUAAAACUCUGUUGGAAGUCCUGCUGGCUCCUUCUCCACCACCCCCUUCCCCUUUCCACUUCUCCUCAGUGAAGUCUUGUUUUGGACAAAAGGUGCCUGAUGAGGGGGUGAGUUGGGUGUAUUUUAAAAUAUAUAUAUUUCAACCCUUUCCCCCUCUUCCAGCCUAACUGUUGUUUUCACAGCGACGGCCUCUCUCCCUUCCUGCGUUUUAAUGUACAAAAAGUGGGGUGUGGACGACCCCUUUAAUCCCUUGGGUUAGACGUGCAACCUCAUGUGAGCAUGAGGUAAAAUCGAAACCGGGUGGGGGCUGCAGUUGAAGUGAACCACCCAAGUCAGCUGGCGGGGGUGGGGUCUGUUUCACUCUUUUCUUUAAACAAAUCAUUGAUUUUCCAUGUUAGUGGAGGACCUGUGCCUCAGAUACCUCCCCUUUCUCAUUUUUGCUUCUCUUUCGCUUUCCACUGCAGCAUCACCUGAACUGAUCACGCUGCUCUCUCAGUCAGCAUCCUUCGUUCUAUUUUGAGCUCAGAUUUCAUUUCCCCUUUUUCUGACUCCUGCGAUAGGGGAAAGCAUUUCUGUGAACUCUUGCAUAGCCGAUGGGGGGGCUGUGAGAAGUGGGGAGGUUCUGAGAGUUACUCAGUUUGAUGGGAGUUCCCUACCCUGGAAAAUUCCUUCUGCAUAUGCUUAAACCCUGUGCUGGAAGCUAAAAUUAGUUUGCUCAGAACAAGAUCUUCUGGCUGUAGAUCCAAAGGGGCACCUGUCUUACUAAGCAGUUUGCAAUUUGCCCUAUGAAAGUUUUUCUCUCUUUCCUUUCUUCUGUUGCCUGUUGGAUUGUACAGCGUACUCUUUUUUUCCUGACCCUCCUUCCGAAGAUCCAGCAGGUUGGUUUUCAUUCCUGUGGCCUUUAACCUGGCCAAAUACCCCCCCUUCCCAUAGUGAGAAGUUGGGAGCUUUGUUUCUUCUCUUGAAACUUGUUUGGUUUUCUGAUACAAGGGCCCUUCCUGGAUGAAGAAAAGGGAGAAUGCUGAGGGAUGUUUCUGCUGCAGAAAAAGGUUCUUAGUUAAACCACUGUGCCAGUCAUUAAGUAGCUUAAGGAAACAUACGUGGAAAUGAAAAGAUUUUAAGUCCUGUUCUUCACAUCCAGAGCCCUAGGAGAAAGCUUAAGAGAGAGGAUAGGUUGCGCUGGGCAGGAACCUGUUGUUUGAAGGCUGCUUUAGAGAGCAAACUACUAAACCACCAAGCUGGGUCUCCACGGCAAAAUGAGUUUGGCUCUGGAGGCGUGCCGGGAGGGCUCUGAAACAUUGCUGCAUGGGGAAUUUGGGACCUAUCCCCCCAAAGGGACCCGGUAUGCCCUCAGCCUCACAUGGACAGAACUGCACAUCCAACGCCUGGUGCCCAAGCCAGACUCCGAUCACCGGACAGUGAUGCGCCUGGUUGAUGUGGCGGGGUGUCACACGCUGCGCAGUCAUACACUCGCUGAUCGGUCAGCUUACUUCUGCGUCUAUGCCUACCCGCUGAAGAAACGGAAAGUGGCAGUGGGUGCUGGCCGGGCACGGCAACGAACUGCGAGGACCUUUCAGGUUGAUGGUGCCGAGAGUUAUGCGGACAACCAAGCGUUAGCGGAGAAGUGGGCGGCUGCCAUCAAAUGCCUGGUGCUGGGGAUCCCCAUCUCGAGUGAGACAGAGAUUGCUCCCAGGCUCGUACCCCGCCCCCGCCGCCUGCUGCUUUUGCUCAACCCUUUCGGAGGCAAGGGGAACGGUCUGCAAUGGUGCCAGACCCACAUCCUACCCAUGAUCACAGAGGCCGACAUCAGCUUCAACUUGAUCCAGACAGAGAGACAGAACCACGCCAGGGAGUUAGUGCAGAGCAUCAGCUUAGCCGAAUGGGACGGCAUUGUGGCCCUUUCAGGAGACGGGCUUCUUUAUGAGGUGAUUAAUGGCUUGAUGGAACGGCCAGACUGGGAGGAAGCCAUUAAAAUGCCAGUUGGGAUUCUCCCCUGUGGGUCUGGAAAUGCACUGGCUGGAGCCAUUAACUGCUCUGCUGGGUUCGAGCAAGUCAUGGGCCAGGAGCUGCUGACCAACUGCACACUUAUGCUCUGCCAUGGGGCCGUCACCCCCAUGGACCUUGUGUCCAUCACAACUUUGUCAGGCUCUCGUUCCUUCUCCUUUUUGUCCAUGGCCUGGGGCUUCAUCUCCGACGUGGACAUUGAGAGCGAGAAGUACCGGCACAUGGGUGCUGCCCGGUUUACCGUGGGAACAGUGGUCCGCCUAGCAUCCCUCAACACGUACCGGGGCAGGCUGUCCUACUUGCCCGCUCCCGAUGCUGUGGCUCACCGGCCCAUCUUGCGUAGCAUCACUAUGUCGGCUAACGGGAGCAUCCCCUUCCAGCGUAUGCCCCUGCAUCGCACCGUCUCUGACAUAGGGCUCUGUGAGAAACGGCAUGCCUUCUCCGUCCAGGGGGUCGAGCCCACUGAUGAGCCUACCCCGUCACCCAACUCCCCACCUUCUUCCGGCUUCCAGCCUUCUAGCUUCGAUUUUGAGGCCUUGCAGGAGCAGCUGAUAGCCGAUGGCAAGGGACCAAGACUGGCAGAUCCAACAAUGGUUGCACCAAAUAUGUCUUCAGCCCGGUGCGUGCACGGCCCCUCGGAUCACUUCCUGGCCCCACUUGACCAGCCAGUGCCCAAGUCAUGGGUGACAGUGGAAGAUGAUUUUGUGUUGGUCUUGGCCAUCUACCAGACUCAUUUGAGUGCCGAUCUGCUCGCCAUACCCUUCGCCUGCUUCAACGAUGGCCUCAUCCACCUCUGCUAUGUCAAAGCAGGCAUCUCCCGGGCUGCCCUCAUUCGCCUCUUCUUGGCCAUGGAGAAAGGCACUCAGUUUGAACAGGAAUGCCCCUACCUCAUCAAUGUACCAGUCCGAGCCUUCCGCCUGGAACCCCUCACCCGCAAGGGCAUUCUGACCGUCGAUGGCGAGAGGGUGGAGUAUGGCCCCAUCCAAGGACAAGUCCACCACAGCAUGGCCAACCUGAUCACUGGCAUCCACAAGACUAAGAUUACGACCUUUUGACGCAGGUUCCCGCCACCUCAGUUUCAUGGGCACACAACAAAUCUGGGUUUUUUCCACUACAUGGCUGCAGGGGGGAGAGGAGGGGAGGGAGAGAGGGUGGGUGGUAGGAGAGGUGGCAGUGGAGAGAAGAGCCUCCUAACGUGCAAUACCCCCUUCAGGCACCAGAGGGAGAACUACUUAUGGCCACUCACUGCCCUUCUAGGCCUUUGAGCAUGCACCCCAUGUAUCUUCUUACUGAGCCUAUGAUAACAGGUCUUAACCCACCUGCCCCACCCCCUUUUCUCUCUUCUACAGUCCUCUACUGCUGUCCAAAGGAUAAUGUGAUCUACCUGCCCGUCUUAGGUAGUAUGAUUAAGGCAAGCAAACAAGAGCCAAUGCUUAUACUGCACAGGAUGACCUCACCUGUGUUGCAUAGGUCUAAUUUGGCAAGUCUGGGCUGCAUCUCCCCUGAAAAGGGAGCAGUUUGGCUACAGGAGUGGGUUGGAGAUGAAAUGCCCUUCCCCCCUCUUUUCCCCACAAGUCGUGGCUCACCUGAGCUCCUGUGCUGCUUCUAUGUACAUUCCCUCUGCCAAUACAUUGUUCCGACUUUUCUAACAUAUUGUAGAACUUUAGCAUGCUUACACUACCCUGGCUCACCAGUAGGGGAAACAGGUUUAAAACACUUCAGUCCCAUUGCUGUCUCCCUAAGAACAGGGAGCUUCCAGGCCUGGAACAGCAUGUGAGCUCCUGCCAGUGGGACCCGUAAUCGGUCCUGCUCUUCUUCAAGCUUCCUCUUCUCUUCCCCGUGCUUGGAGGGUCACUGCUUACCAUAUAGCCUGCUCCUCUAGUGCAGAAUGGGACCCCUAACCCUGGCCAGAAGGCUGCCCGCAAAGCCUGCAUUUGUUCAUGCUCGACAAAGGUGGGACCACAAGGCCAAGUGACAUACCAUCUAGGUUAACCUGCUGUUUGCCUCGGUGUGCCCCCCUCCAUGAAGGAUCAAGACUUGAACUGGACAUAUGAGAUAACGCCCCCCUCCCCGUCCCACCCUCUGGAACUAUCUACUCAUUUGUCUCCCUUUUAAACUACUAACACUAGAUCCCAAACCAAGGAGAUGGACCUUCUCUCUGGAGUCGCAUUGGUUCCUCUGCCAUUCCUUCUGAAGCGGGGACAGGGACCAAGGGUAUCUGGGGAAAAGAUGGGGGCCAUUUGGGUGGGGGGUUGCAGAAGGGGGAUAAGGUUAACUACAUCCAUUCCUGACAGUGGUCUUUUCCCCCGCUCCCUGGGAAUACACUGGAUGAAUGUAACUAGAUUUAUUUUGUGCGAUGGGGUAUGAAGGGUUUGAUUUUAGUAGGUUGAUUAUUUUCCCCCCACCAUGUGGGGAUUAACAAGCAAUUAAAAUGACCCAAUGUUGUUAA